AUGGAAAACUUUACCGCAUCUCCAGAGAUGAACCACACUUUAGGAAUCUGGACGGACUACAGCAUCCAGUACAAAGUGAUAAGUAGUUUAUUGCUUUUCGUCAUUUGUGUUAUGGGGAUCGUUGGCAACGUUAUGGUCAUCCUGGUGGUUCUCACCACCAAACACAUGAGGACUCCCACUAACUGCUACCUGGUGAGUUUGGCUGUGGCUGAUCUGAUGGUGCUCACAGCGGCUGGUUUGCCGACUAUCACCGACAGUAUUUUUGGAUCUUGGGUGUUUGGCCACUAUGGCUGCCUCUGCAUAACCUACUUCCAGUACCUGGGGAUCAACGCCUCCUCUUGCUCCAUAACAGCGUUCACGAUCGAGAGAUACAUCGCCAUCUGUCACCCCAUUAAAGCCCAGUUUCUCUGCACUUUGUCCAGAGCAAAGAAGAUCAUUUUGUUCGUUUGGGCUUUUACCUCUCUUUACUGUGUGAUGUGGUUUUACCUGUCAGACAUCCAGAAGCUGGUGUACGACAACGUCACCAUCAUCACCUGCGGCUACAGAGUCCCCAGGAAGUUUUAUCUGCCCAUUUACUUUUUCGAUUUCGGCAUCUUUUUCGUGUUGCCGCUGCUGCUCUCUGCGGUUCUCUACGGACUCAUUGCCCGGAUCCUCUUCCUCAACCCGCUGCCUUCCGACCCCAAAGACAAGAAAAAGAACGGGCACAACAACCACACCACCAAUAAGAGCACCAGCUGCAAGAACUCCCGUCACUCCAGCUCCACCGCGACCUCCCGCAGACAGGUGACCAAGAUGCUGGCUGUGGUGGUGAUCCUGUUCGCUAUGCUCUGGAUGCCGUACCGCACUCUGGUGGUGGUCAACUCCUUCCUGGACCGGGCCUACCUGGACAACUGGUUCCUGCUUUUCUGCCGGAUCUGCAUCUACCUCAACAGCGCCAUCAACCCAGUCAUCUACAACGCCAUGUCUCAGAAGUUUCGCGCCGCCUUCCGCAAGAUCUGCCGCUGCAGGAGGAAGGGCUCAGACAAACCUGCCACCUACAGCGUGGCCCUCACCUACAGCGCCGUCAAGGAUACGUCGAUGGUGGAGAGCACUGACCACUUCACAACAGAGCUGGAGGAGCUCACUGUCACAGACGAACUGCUGUCUGAUCAGAAAAUGAUGUUUCCAGACCCCUGCGUGUACGGGAAGGUGAACUUCAGUGACGCCUGAGCUUCGUUUGAGGCCUGUCAUAGUUUGAGGCCAGAGAGACGAUUCUGAGGAUCAAUCGAGGAUUAAAAACUUGAAAAAUGUUGCUUAAUGGAGGCUGUUAAGUGGGAAUAUUGUUUCCUGAGUGCCUGCUGACCUUUUCGAAGGCAGGCUGCUGUAGCCAGAGAUGUAAACACAGAUUACAGCCACUGAUGCGUAAUCACAGUCUUUGAGGCACAAAGCCAAACAUGCUCUUCAUCGAGAAUGAUCCCGGACAUUGUAAAGCCACAGACAUCGACAGAUAAGUGCUCUCUUAUCGCACAGCUGUUAUCUUAUCUCGCACUUUCCCUCGUAAUAUACUGUACAUGAGUCAACAAAACAUGAUUGAGAACAAAAACAAAAUUCUCCCUUCAAAUAUACGGUGCCAUGUCACAAUCCAGACCAGCACAGACUCAUUUCUGAUUUCUAAAGCCGCACAAGGCAGUGUCACAUGGCAGCAUGGCACACUGGCAGCUCCAAAUAGCAGCAAGGGGUAAAUGUCUGACAUAAUGUGAACUUCAACACCAAGAAAUCUUGUGAUGUGACGUCAGGAAACUGCCCUCGACACAUGCAUGUGUACUACACAGCCGGUCAGCAAUGCUUUAAUACCAGAGGAUACCAAAGACACGACAGACCACCCUCAAAAAAAAUCUGGCUGGGAAGUGUGGAACUCAGUCUUUAUGUUGUAAUUCACCAUUUUCAGUGAGUGAAUUGACCAGACUGUACAUACUCAUGCCAUUUUUCUCCGUUUCAAGCACAUCUGCCUGAUUUAGGCUGAGAAAAAAAGGUGCAUUUUCACAGCAGAAUAAAUCUUCAACCUGUGCAGCUUUAGUUAACUGCUUUACCAUCCGGCCCCUCCCCAAGUGUUCUGAGGGCAGGGGGUCCAUUAAAGGGUGAAUCAGACCUGAACCUUCACUGACAAAACAGGUCCUAUUUUUAUUGCAGAGGACAUGUGUACAGCCUUGAGCACAUUAUGAAAACCAAGACAGACUGUGCUGAGAGUGUUCUGGAGGCCGGGCUUAAGUUUAUAAUUCUGUCUCUUGGUGGUAAGUUGAGCAUUUCCACUGUGAAUGACAAGUGUUCACUGACAGACAGGGAAGGAGAGCAUUUACAGCACUUUGUUACUUAAAUUAAAAUGUGCCAUAAACAAUUAAGUUGAAUAUUUGCUGCUAUAACUGCCACAGUCUCAUCCUCUUUCUGUGGCGUACUUUAUUAUGGGGUUAUAAGUUGUCACCAUUCACUUAAUGUCUAGAUAAAAAGUCAUUUUAUAAUGCUUCAUAGAUUAGUAAUAAGAAAUUUGUGAGAACAACAUUUGGGUUCUUGUAGUGAUUCUGAUGUAGCUAUUUAAAGGGAUAUUCUCAUAGAGUUUUAUGAAAUCACCAUAUUUUUAUGGUCAGCAUUUAGUAGUUUUCAUUGGUAGUAAUUUUAUCUCAUUUACUGUAUAUUAGUCUGGAAAAACAAAACAAAACUGACCUUUAUCGGUCAGAUUGAAAAUAGGGAAGUAAUUUUCCUAAAGCAGUACAAGGAUCUAUUAAAAACAAAGACACUGAAGGUGUGGAUGAGAACGCCACAGCUAGGUUCUUGACAGAAAAUGAUCCUUUUCACGUUUUGAAUUGGGCUGCAGAGAAUCUGGACCUGUCUAUGUUUUAACAGCUUAUUAAGAUUUACUUCUUCAGAUUUAUAGCAAACCUUUAAAAAAAACUUAAUACCUGGCCCGUCUUGCUGAAAGUUUAAAAGUGUGUUGGACAUGUGACCACAUUAGUGAUGUCAGUGCGUACUGACACGCCCAGGAGUACAUGUCUACAUCACUAAGAGAAAGAAAGUUAGGACCCUUUGGUGAUGGCUUUCUACAUUUUCUAAUAAACCAUCAAAUCUUAUUAAUGUUGAUAAACUGUUACUCUAAUAUACAGCACUGGUUACAACUUAUAAACCCUUUAGAAAAUUAGACGGUGAUAUCUCCUAAUAUCUGAAGACAUUAUUCUACAGUCCUCUCUGUUUGAGCAGCAGCAGGAGCUGUGAACCUCACUGUUUUACAAUGUGAAACUGUAUAUAGUGUUACAGAGAUAUAGUGUAACACGCGGAACAUGUUGGCAUAAUUUAGCUGCAGCACUAUAAAUUCCAUCUAAGCAUCAGUGUUUGUGAUUUCAAGCUGAGGCAAAGUGAAUUUAGUGUUCAGGGUCCGUGUUUUGCUUCAUGUGAACUGUGGAUUUAAGAAACCAUCGCUUUGCUCGUCUCGCUCUUUAGUCGUGAAAGCCGUCCGCGAGCCGGUGAACAUGGCUGUGAUGUUUAGAUAUGCUGAUGUUGUGUGGCGUUUUCUGCCAGAUCAGUGACUGCUUAUGAAUUUCUGAGCACAAACUACCACACAGGGGAAUAGAAUUGGGCAGCGUCAGCCGACACAGCAGAGGAAGACAAAGCUCUCGCUCGGAAGCGAAGUUCCAUUCGCUACUAUAUGUGGAUAAUAUAAAAUAACAGCUUUAGUUUUAGUUUAACGAUUGUACCAAUACUGUACAUGCUCUGGGUAUCAGUAGAUUCAUGCACUUGUGUAUGUUCCCUGUGUGUUUAAAGUGAGUGUUAUUUAUGGUAACUCUUCUGUUUGUCAAAUGGAAAAAAUAGGUUAUCUAUAUAUUUUUAAGCCAUUCUAACUUUCAUUAUUGUCCAUUAAACCUUAUAGAUAUUAUUUUGUGACGUACUAUUUGGAAGCUUCUGCUUUAGUCUUGCUUUUUAGAUUAAUGUGAUCCUGUGAGCGUGUUGAUGGUUAUCUAGAAAUUGUUCAUUUGUACAUUUUAUCUUUACGUUCCAA